GAUAAAUUGGGUUUAGUCAAAGUUACCAGUGCAACGAUAUGCUUGUGAAUCGAUUUCUUGUUCGUAACCCACUGAUCGUGGACCGACGGCCUUCAAUAUGUUGAACUUGAAUACACUGCCAGUGAUGGUUGUAAUCAUGCAUGAAAGCAGCACUGAUAAGAGUCCUUGCCAUCACCAAAAUUCCCCAUUCCAGCGAUGACAUGCUGAAGUCACAUCAGCCCUCUGAACUCCCCGGACAAUCAAGAGGACCCCCGAAAUCGGACGCACGAUCAAUCGCAGGACUCACAACUGGUCUCUUGAAUCCAGGAGGCGGGCAGAUCGGCGUGGUGACGAGUGCCUCUGCGGAUGGUAAGAAGCGGGUCUUGUCAAAUGAAGAGCUCGAUAUGUUACUUGAUCGGAGGGAGACCGUAAUUACGAAUAGGAAGAAGGGAUGGAAGAGCGAGGAAGAUGGGGCUGAGAAGGGUGUGGCAUUUACUGUGUAUGAGGCGCCUGUGCAUCGAGGGAAUGCAUAGCUAACCCGCGAUCGUGAUGGACUUUCCAAAUAUGCUAACCAACAUACUACUAGUACA